UAACUUGGGUAUAGAUUACACACUUCAACGACAAUGGCAAAGACGCCGAUAGGGUUAGAACCGGUGGUGGGAUCUUUAACAUCAUCAAAGAAGAGAGAAUACAGAGUCACCAAUCGACUCCAAGAGGGCAAACGUCCCUUGUACGCCGUCGUUUACAACUUCAUCGACUCCCGUUACUUCAACGUCUUUGCUACCGUCGGAGGUAAUCGGGUGACAGUAUACCAAUGCCUUGAAGGCGGUGUUAUCGCUGUUUUACAGUCUUAUGUGGAUGAAGAUAAGGAUGAGUCUUUCUACACUGUAAGUUGGGCAUGUAAUGUUGAUGGUACCCCAUUUGUGGUUGCUGCAGGUAUUAAUGGCAUAAUCCGUGUGAUUGAUGCAAGUAAUGAGAAAAUACACAAGAGUUUUGUUGGCCAUGGCGACUCAAUAAAUGAAAUCAGGACUCAGCCAUUGAAACCAUCACUUAUAGUGUCUGCAAGUAAAGAUGAAUCUGUUAGAUUGUGGAAUGUCCAUACCGGUAUAUGCAUUCUGAUAUUUGCUGGAGCCGGCGGUCACCGCAAUGAAGUUUUGAGUGUGGACUUCCAUCCUUCAGACAUUUAUCGAAUUGCAAGUUGUGGGAUGGACAACACUGUUAAGAUUUGGUCAAUGAAAGAAUUCUGGACUUAUGUUGAGAAAUCAUUCACAUGGACUGACCUUCCUUCAAAAUUCCCAACAAAAUACGUACAAUUCCCUGUGUUCUUAGCUUCGAUUCAUUCGAACUAUGUGGACUGUAAUCGGUGGCUUGGUGAUUUCAUUCUGUCAAAGAGUGUUGACAAUGAAAUUGUGCUAUGGGAACCAAAGAUGAAGGAGCAAUCCGCCGGAGAGGGUACUGCUGACAUUCUUCAAAAGUACCCUGUUCCGGAGUGUGACAUUUGGUUCAUCAAAUUUUCUUGUGACUUUCAUUACAAUUCCGCUGCUAUAGGGAAUAGAGAAGGCAAGAUUUUCGUGUGGGAAUUGCAAAGUAGCCCUCCCGUUCUCAUUGCUAGAUUAUCUCACACACAGUCAAAGUCUCCAAUUAGACAGACUGCAACGUCCUUUGACGGAAGCACUAUUCUCUGUUGCUGUGAGGACGGGACAAUAUGGCGCUGGGAUGCUGUCCCGACCAACUAAUCAUUCUCAGGAAGUCAGCCAGAAGAACUUUAUCAAAACUUUUUUUCUCUAUCAUGCUGUUGUUAACCGAGUGUUAAAUUAUGCAGGAAACUAGCAUAAAAAAACUAACAUGUUAAACUGUUUGUCUUGUUAUGUCUUUCCCACUUAUAGGAAGUUUUCUAGCUUAAACAA